GGAAUAGUAGCCUUCAAUGUUUACACGUGGACGGCCGCUGCGGUGACGGGCCGGUGACAGCUGAGCCCUUUAAUUAACUGUCCCAACCGGCGCCCUGACACACCGAACUGAAGGAGGAGAAGAAGAAGAACCAACACUAUAGAAGAAGAAGAGCUAGCUUUUAAUUAACCUCCUGCCCCGCCCUUGGAAGCCCAGGCAGCACCCUAGCAUAAGACACCAGCUAUGGAUGCAGAAUCCCUCAGGCUGGCAGAACGGUUGCUGCCAUCAACCUACAUCAAGCAAGCACGGGAGGCUGACGCCAACCGUCGAGUCAAGAUACACCAGCUGUUGGAAAAGCGGAAGUGUCCAGAUGAAGGCUGGGAUGACCAGACCAUUGAGGGGUUUCUGGUUGACUUGGCCAAGAUGGACAGCAACAACUUUCCAGCCAACUGUGGGGUUGGAGAGAGAGAGGCUCGGAUCUUUUCAGGUCUAGUGGCUCAGCGCCAUUACAGGUUUGGCCAUGGCAUAGGGCGGUCUGGGGACAUCUCUGAGGUGCAACCCAAAGCUGCUGGGUCAAGCCUCCUCAACAAGCUGACCAAUGCUAUGGUGCUGGACCUCAUAAGAAGAAUUGGAAUCCGAGGGACCCAGGCCUGCCUGGUGAUGCCAAUGGCCACGGGAAUGACUGUCAUGAUGACUCUCCUGUCUCUGCGGGACAUUCGACCCCAGGCCAAAUAUGUCCUCUGGCCACGGAUUGAUCAGAAGUCUUGCCUGAAAGCUAUUGUUACUGCAGGGUACCAGGUGGUUGUGGUGGAGAAUGUCCUUGAAGGGGACGAGUUGAGGACAGAUGUGGCAGCCCUCAGGGAGAAGGUGUCCACCCUUGGCCCAGAGAACGUUGCCGCCAUCCUCACCACCACCAGCUGCUUUGCACCCCGAGGCAUAGACCGCCUGGAGGAGGUGGCAAAGAUCUGCAAGGAACACAACAUUCCUCACAUCAUCAAUAAUGCAUAUGGUCUUCAGUCAACCAAGUGUCUCCACCACAUACAGCAAGCUGCAAAAGUUGGACGAGUGGAUGCAUUCAUCCAGAGCACAGACAAGAACUUCAUGGUUCCAGUAGGAGGAGCCGUUGUGGCAGGGUUUGAUGCUCAGUUCAUGGAGAACAUUGGAAAAAAGUAUCCUGGGCGAGCAUCGGUGACUCCAGUGAUGGACCUGUUCAUCACACUGCUGUCCAUGGGGGUGCAAGGCUACACCUCCCUCAUGAGCCAGCGCACGGACCAAAUGGAGUACCUGCGCACCAGACUGGGGGAGGUGGCUGCCACUUUCAACCUACAAUUACUCCAAACCAAAAAUAACCCGAUAUCUAUGGGACUUACCAUCCCCAAGGGUGCUGGGACUGAGCUAGGGUCACAACUCUUCCUGCGGGGAGUGUCGGGGGUCAGAGUGGUCACCCCCCAUCAGGUGAAGACAGUGGCUGGCAUCACACUUAAAGGCUGGGGCGCCCACCAUCCCAACUAUCCACAAGGGUAUUUGACUGCUGCUGCUGCCUUGGGUAUGGCCAAGGGAGAUAUAGAGACCUUUGUGGCAAGGCUUGAAAAAUGUCUCAAGAAACUGUGUGAUAAAUUAAGGGAGAGAGGAAGAGAAACAGAUGAGAACAGUGUAGGGAGCUAGAAACCUUGAUGCUAGUCAGGUAAUUUGAGAAAAGAAUGCACCUUCUGAAAGCAACAAUGAAAAGAUAUGAAGAAAGCAGACCAAAAACUGAAAAAUGUAGAUUGUAAAGGCACUAUAGUUUUGCAAGUUGGUGAGGGAGAAGACAAAAAUAAUUGCUAAUUACCAAAGACAUCCCUAUGACUUUACUAGUUACUGUAACUUUGUGUUAUAUUUCUGUGCUGUUGGGAAGCAUCUUUCCAUUCUGUUAUAGUGGGCAUUGUCUGAGAAAGGUUGGCCACAAUAGAAAAAAGUAGAUAUGACAUUACUAAAAAUUGAGUUCUGUUAGUGGAGGGAACAUAGAAACAUCUCUGAGUAAUGAAGACAGAGUGGAGGAUUAUUCAGCAGAGAUCUCAGAAUGGUCAAACAAAAUGCAAGAAUAUAUAGGGAUCUGUUCUGUCAGAUGCAUUCUCUUGCUCAUUAUACCAUGUCAGAUGUAGUACUAGACUCAUUGUAAAAAGCUGUCAUUCCUUUAAUAAACAUUCGCCUAUC